GGGAGGGCCCUGGAAGGGGAAUUUCAAAACAAGCCUGGCGAGGGAAGGAAGGAAGGAAGGAGGGAGCGGAGCUGGCCAGCGGCGGAGCGAGGGUGUCUGAGAUGGCGACUGUGCUGUCGAGGCGGCUGGGGAAGCGUUCCUUGCUGGGGGCCCGCAUUUCAGCCCCCCCUUUGCUCGGAGACGGGGUGUUGGGGUCCCCCCAGGCUCUCCCCUUGCCAUUGGACCACCACAGCAAGGGUUCCCUCCCAUUGCUUGGGUCGUACGAGGAGAACCACUUUGCGGAGGCCAAAGCACAUGGAGAUCCACACCAGAGCUGGCCGGUGCUGCUUCCGGGCCAAAAGGCGAGCGUCUUUUGCAACGAGCAAGAUAAAGCCGGCUUGAUGGAGCAUCAUGACUGUGCCAGCGACGAAGUGAAAGCCUUGCUCCCUGAAAAUGGAUUUGCCAUCUGCCGCAAAGUGGAGGAAGCACAGCCAGCGAAUGCCCCGAUGUUGCGCAUGCCAGCCUUGGAUGCGCAGCAAGCCGUAGCCACGACAUUGGGAUUUGGCACCAUUCCCAUGGCCACCGAGGAUUGCCUGAACACGGUGGAUGCUGCUGUGGUGUCGGCCCUAAGAUCCGUGUCGCAGAAUAUCGAUGUACCUAAAAGAAAAUCAGAUGCUGCUGUUGAGAUGGAUGAAAUGAUGGCUGCCAUGGUCUUAACCAGCUUAUCCUGCAGCCCGGUGGUGCAGAGCCCACCCAGCAGCGAUGCCAGCAUCCCAGCCUCCCAAGCCUCCUGCGACGUCUGGAAGGAGAGCGGCGACUUGUCCGACGGCGGGAGCAGCACCACCAGCGGCCAUUGGAGCGGCAUCUCGACCCCUUCGCCCCCGCACUCGGAGCCCAGCCCCAAAUACUCCAGCGAGGCCCUUAGUUCUCCAAGGACCGACGACGGGUUCGAGACGGACUCAGACCCCUUUCUCUUUGAGGAGCCGGCUCCGCGGAAAAGGAAGAACUCGGUGAAGGUGAUGUACAAGUGCUUGUGGCCCAAUUGUGGCAAAGUCCUCCGCUCCAUCGUCGGGAUCAAGAGGCACGUGAAGACGCAGCACCUGGGGGACGGUGCCAACUCUGACCAGAGGAAACGGGAGGAAGACUUCUACUACACCGAAAUGCAGGUCAAGGAGGAGGCACCCCCGGAGCCCCCCACCACGGUCCCCAGCCCCUCCACCGCUGCUCCUUCCUUCGCCGGAUCCUCUCCCAUCGUCAUCCAGCCGGCUCCUUCCCAGCCAGAAGCUAUUGUCCUGGAUCAGGCCGCUUCUCUGGAGCCCCAUCUGUCCGGCAGCACCCUCAGCCAGUCGGCUCCCAGUUCCUUCUGGCACAUUCAGGCGGACCACGCAUACCAGGCUUUGCCCUCCAUCCAGAUCCCGGUGUCUCCGCACAUAUUCACCAGCAUCAGCUGGGCGGCCGCCACCUCCACCAUCCCCACCCUCUCGCCGGUCCGAAGCCGGUCCUUGAGUUUCAGUGAGCCACAGCCGACCCCACCUUUGCCCCCGCCGGUGCCGAAAUCCCACCUGAUCGUCGCGUCCCCCCCUCGGGCCCCCAGCGGAACCAGGAAAGUCCGCGGCGAAGCCAAGAAGUGCCGCAAGGUGUAUGGCAUCGAGCACCGGGACCAAUGGUGCACCGCCUGCCGGUGGAAGAAAGCCUGCCAGCGGUUUUUGGACUGAGAGCACUGGCGAGCAUGUGCAGAGCGCAUUUACUUGUGUAUAUAUGUGCACCCAAAUACACAGUGGGAAGGCUGGAGAGAGAGCUUUUUCGCGCCAUCUUUCGAGAGCGAGUGGCCGGACUGUUUCCACGCGGCCGCCUUGGAAGCCAUAUCUUGCUUGGUCCCGAGGUCUGUACAGUCUACACCUGCCAGGUUUUCUAAUGUUCCUUGUUUCGUGGGGAUGUUUCCCUUCUCUUUUUACACAUUUUCCUUGUGUUUUUUUUUUAAAAAUGCACACACACAAAGACACACAUUACACACACAUGUACACGGAGCCUCCCGUUCAUUUUUUGUAAAUAAGAGGGGCGAAGGAACGCAAAGAGAAGGAACGGGAAGUGGUCGGAGGAUGUGACGGACUUCUUUCUCUCUCUCGUGGUCGGUCCAGGGACCAAAGAACUUUGAGGCUCUUCUUUUGCUUAAUGCGGAUGAGUUUGGAUCGGUGGUUGUAGUGUGGAGCAUAGGAACGUUUCUCUCUUUCUUGCAAUUGCUUGGCGAUUAAAAAAAGGAACGGAUGGGUCGGCCAAUUGGGGUUUGGAGUCAUUGACUUGCUCCCAGGGACUUUUCACAAUGCAGUCUCCUCUCUGCAUUUGCAGGUUAUAACUUUUGCAAAUUUGAUUUUGAUAUGGUUUCUUUAGGAAUCUUUAGGUCCGUAGAAUUAUUCUAGAGAUCCCUAGAGAGAAAAUAAAUCUCUGGGAAUCUCUAUGGACUUUUUUGUAUCUUCCAGUCCCUUCUAUUGUCUUGUUACGAUCGCAAACAUAUCCUUAAAUUUAUCUAGUGAAGUAUAUGGUGCUUUGGGAGCGUAUACAGUAGAGUCUCACUUAUCCAACAUAAACAGGCCAGCAAAAUGUUGGAUAACCAAAAAUGUUGGAUAAUAAGGAGGGAUUAAGGAAAAGCCUAUUAAAUGUCAAAUUACGUUAUAAUUUUACGAAUUAAGCACCAAAAACCCAUGUUUUACAACAAAUCUACAGAAAAAGCAGUCCAAAACACAGUAAUGUUAUGUAGUAAUUACUGUAUUUUUAAAUUUAGCAUCAAAACAUCGCAAUAUAUUGAAAACAUUGACUACAAAAACAUUGGCGACUAACAAAUUGACUCCAAAUAAAAAUAGAAUGGCAUAAAAUGAACUUACAGUAGCAACAUUUUUGGAAAUUAAAUCCAUAAAAAGUUCAAUCCUUACUGCCUAGAGAACCAGCUGUGGAUCAGGGCGGGAGACAAACUGCAUUGGAUAAUCCAGAAUGUUGGAUAAGUGAGACUCUACUUUAUUCCUAAACAAUAUCAGCAAGGUAAUACCCUGCAAGCCAACACUUAACUUUAUUCAGAUUUGGGGGGGAAGGGGCAGAAUCAGAAUUGUCCACACUGUUGAUUUAAUGCAGUUUGACACUCCUUUGACUGCCAUGGUUCAAUGCUAUGGAAUUCUAUGGAUUGUAGUUUGCAUCAGCAUUGUUACCCAGAAUAGGUUAAAUAAUAAUAACAACAACAACAGUUCAUUUAUAUUCCACCCUCCUCCCCUUGAGGACUCAGAGUGGAUUAGUAUAUAAUACCUUGUAAAACUGCAACUCCCAUUGAGCCAUUGCAGUUAAAGCGGUGUCACUUUGCAUCAAUUCUACAAUGUGGAUGCACCCAUUUUCCUGGUCCUUGAAUGUUAUGAUAACCAGUUGUAACCAACGUGCAAUUUUUUCUUUGGAAAUUUUAUCAGAUAUUUUUUAAUUCCUGGGAAAACCAGUAAUUUUUGAAGCAGAAGUUCAAAUUAGCAGACCUAGAGAUUCCUAGAGAAGUUUUCUCUCCGAACCACAGUGAACGCAGAGGGUGGACUGUACACUUAAAACACAAUGAUUCCACUUCCACUUUACUUAGAGCUCUAGGGCCUCUUGCCAAACUACAAAUCCCAGGAUCCCAUGGCAGUGGAAUCAUGGUGUUUUAAUGGUUUUUGUGCAAAACUCUCUGUAGAGGCUGCAGGUUAUUCUGUGUGUGAUAAGUGAUGGUUGUUUGCACCCUCAGGUGAGCACUAUAUAUGUACAUAUAGAAACCCCACCAAAAAUGUGAACCAGAUGUUGUUGGAAGAAACAAUCAUUGCAUUAGAUUACAAUCAGAUGAAUGGGGGCUUUGUAAAUUUUUUUCCUGCAGUUUGCAAAUGAUUGAUUUCAGGGCUGUAUGGCCAUGUUUCCAGAAGCAUUCUCUCCUGAAGUUUUGCUGAUAUCUAUGGCAAUCAACCUCACAACCUCUGAGGAUGCCUGUCAUAGAUGUGGGCGAAACAUCAGGAGAGAAUGCUUCUGGAACACAGCCAUACAGCCUGGAAAACACUCAGCAACCCAAUGAAAGCCUUCGGUAACACAUUCUCUUGGGUCUCUUUGGAUGAAAUGCUUGGGAUUCAUUUAAAACCUGAAUUCAGAUACAGUGAGGUUGUGCAGUGUGAACUGGCACCACUUGGGUUCAUAUUAUGAAGCAGGACAUUGGGAUUUUGCAGCAAAGCGUGUUUUCAACUUGGAGAUGCAUUGCUACUGGCUCCCAAUGGCAGAAGCCUUUCCUAAAUGUGAAUUGAAAGUGCACAGACCAGUUCGUCAGAUCCAGAAUUCUCAAAAUGGGAUGUUUUGGACUUUGCUGGGAGGACCCAUCCAUCUGGCCAAUGCCUUGGGUUUGGAGAGCUGAAGUCCCAAAUGCCUGAAGGGAUGGGUUUGAGAACCACCUUUUUGAAUGUUUAUUUUUUUAUCCAAAUGUAGAGCAUGGAAUAUAUUGUGGGAAGGAGUCUUUGAGGCCCCUGUGUUCAGUUGGCUUUUGAGGAUGGAGUUCAAGGAUUCUGUGAUUGUGGACCAUGUAAACCUGGAUGCCAUAGCAGAAAAGCCAUUGUAAUCUUCCUUCCUUCCCUCCUUCCUUUUUCAUCUUCAUCUUCUUUCCUUCUUCCUUCCUUGCCGUUUCUUUAUCUUUUCCCCUCCCUCCCCACCUUUUUCUCUUCUUUCCUUCAUCUUUUCCUUCUUUUCAUUAUCUUCUUGCUUCUUCCCUUCUUCCCUUUCCCUCUCUUCCUACCUUUCAUCCAUUCAUCUAUCCAUCCCUUUCCCUCUUCUUUUCAUCCAUAUCUUUCCUCUUCUUUCUUUAAUCCCUCCUUUAUUUUCAUCCAUCCAUAUCCUCUGUCGCACCUCAGAAUAGUUCACCUUGCUAUAGACACAGAAGAAAGUCUUUUAAAGUUUUAUUGAGCAAAAGCAAAUAUAUAUCAAAGCAGGCAGUUGAAAGGUUUUUCAAAGUUGCAAUAAAAGAGUCAAUAGGAAUCCAAAUAGUUCAUAAGCCAUAAAAAUCCAUAAUUCAUAGCAAUCCAAUAAUCCAUAGGUCAGAACAGUAGACAAUAGAUCCCAAAGAACAAAGGCCCAAAGGUUACAAAGAUCCAGAAAACUUCUCUUAGGCAUGAAGCAUGAACAUCCACAUAGGGGAAGCGAGAAUUUGCUUUGAUGAAGAUCUAUCUGCAAACACACACUUUUAAAAGCACCCCAGAAAAGCAUUUCUCUUCCCUGAAGAGGCCUCUCUCUUUCCCGCCAGCCUCACACUCCUACGGAGCUGAACUCCUUUCCAUAACAACCGGUCCGCCCUAGAUAAUUCAAGGUCUUCGUUAUCUUGCACCUGAACCGGGACUUGAAACAUCUCUUGCUUGUUAAUUCCCAGGGGAAUGUCAUCCUGGCUGUUAUCUAUGGCUUCUGGGGUCAACAGUUCAUUCUGCUCAAACUGCAAUUCUUGAGCCUCUAAAUCGGCCUGUAUUCCCAUGCCAUCUUCCUGCAGCCCAUCUUCUGACUCAACUGGCUCUUGUAUCUGAAACCCAAAAUCCCCUUCUUCAUCCUCACUCUGGCUAUACUGUGGCUGAGUCACAACAUCCUCUUUCUUAUGUCCAUUCCUUUCCCCUUCCAUCCAUCCCUCUCUCUAUUCAUAUCUUUCCCUUGGAGCCCCCGGUGGUGUAGUGGGUUAAACCCUUGUGCUGGCCGGACUGCUGACCGACAGGUUGGCGGUUCAAAUCCAGGGAGCAGAGUGAGCUCCUGUCUGUCAGCUCUAGCUCCCCAUGUAGGGGCAUGAGAGAAUCCUCCUCACAAGGAUGGUAAAACAUCAAAACAUUUGGAUGUCCCCUGGGCAACGUCCUGCAGAUGGCCAAUUCUCUCACACCAGAAGCGACUUGCAGUUUCCCAAGUCACUCCUGACAGAAAAAAAAUACCUUUCUUCCUUCGUCAGUCCCUCUUCUCCUUCCCUUAAUUCAUCCAUGCCUCCCACUUUUCUUUCCUUAAUCAUUUUCUUCUUUUCCCUUCUUCCUUCCAUCCAUCCAUUCAUUCAUCCAUGCCUCUUCCCCCUUGUUUAGUUAAUCUUUCCCUUCCUUUUCCUCCAUUCAUCUAUCUAUUCAUGCUUUCCCUUCUUCUUUCCUUUAUCUUUCCUUUCCAUCCCUUCUUUUAUUCAUAUUUCCGCCUUCCUUCAUCAAUCCCUCUUUCCCUUCAUCCAUGCCUCUCCCCUUUCUUUCCUUAAUCUUUUCCUUCUCUUCCUUCCUUCCAUCCAUCCAUCCCUCUUUCCUUUAUCUUUCCCUUCCCUUCCUUCCUUUCCAGCCUUGCACAGCUUCUCUCAGUAUAAACAGUCACUCACUACUCUCAUCAUCAGCCAGUCCAGAAUAACAACAACAAUAAUAAUAAAACUUUAUUUAUAUACCACCCUAUCUCCUCAGGGGACAACAGCAAGGAAACCAUACAACCAUACAACUUAAAACAAUAGAACAACAAAGCAUAAUACGAUAAGGAACGAAGUACACUAAACAUACAGAUCAAUCAAUUAACCACAGGCUUAAGAACUAAUAACAAGACACUCCAUCAGCAGGCCAGGAUCCAAGCCAAUGCAGAUUCAGACAACAAACUAUGCAGGGAUUAUCCAGAUGUCAUAGUCAGUAGUCCAUUCUGAAGGUCCUCACCAAAACAUCCAAGACUAUUCAUAAUCCAACGUCCAAAAUAUGACAAAGUACACUAAGUUAUCCAAGCUAUAGCAUAUUCCAAAUGUUUCUCCAAGCAAACACCAAAUCCAAACGGUCACUCUUUAUGCCCCAUAGUACAAAUGCUCUCACCUGUUGACCCUUCUCUGUGCCAGCCAGGUGGAUUUGCACAGCUAAAUAGCAUGAGUCCUCAGUUGUGGUCUUUCUGGGAUACUUAACUCUGCUUCAUUGCUCUCCUGAUCCUGAGUUAACUCAGGACUCCUUCAUCUUUGUCUGUAUUGCAAACCCAGACUCACUCACUCCUUCCUUCCUUCCUUCCUUCCUAGUCCAAACCUUGGAACCACUUGCUUUUUUUGCAAUGCACACCAGGCUGCUAUCCUUAGAUUAUGUUUUGCGGUUUUGUAACGAAAGGCUCCCAUUUGGAUCUUGGAGACAUGAAAUUUCCAAGAAAUGUUAAAGCUAGAAGUUGUAAAAGUUCCUGGAUUACACAUCUCCAAAAAAGCUGGCGUUCUUUCUAGCUAGGGGAUUCUGGAUCUUGUGGUGCAAAAGAACCUCUGGUUGAAGCCAUGCGGAAGAAAGCCUUUUAAAAAAAGUUCAGGGGGAAAAUAUAUAAAUUAUAUGCAAUACAAGUUGAGCAUCCCUUAUGUGGAGUUCUGAAAUCUGAGACAAAAUUGUGGCUGGAGAGAGCGGCGCUUUGGCUUUCGGAUGGUAAAAUGAGCACAAAAUGACUUUCAUGCACAAAUAUUGUAUAAAGUUACCUUCAGGUUAGGUGUACGUGAAACAUAAAUGAAAUUUGUGUUUUGUAGACUUUGGACCCAUCUCCAAUUCCUCUCCUUGUGUACAUAUAUGCCAAUAGAUAUAUUCCAGAAUCAGAUAAAACCCAAAAUCCCAAACACUUCUGGACCCAAGCAUUUUGGAUAAUGGAGACUCAACUUGUUUAUAUUUCUUGAUAGCACAACACUGCCAUCUAUGUGACUCAAAUGCUUUGGGCUUUCAUUCCCAUUGUUCUUGAGCAACAUAACCAGUGGUUGGGAAUGGUAGUUUUGGAAUAUUUGGCACAUUAUGGAGGAAGUGGGCUUAAUGCCCAUGCGCAGGUUCUGGUGCUUGGGAUGUGCUUUUGUGCAUGCAUUUCAAGGCACAUUACACCAAGCCUUACACUUAAUUUCUUGGGAAUUAUCGGUCUGUGUGCAUUGAAAUCGGCAGAUAGAGAAAUGUGACUUCCAGUUUGCAGAACCUUUUAGCCAUUGGUAGCAUCAGAGCACUUUCCUUUCUGCACACUUUAGGAGCGCAUCAUGUACCCGGAACUUUUCUAAACUUGCAAAGUAAAGCUAAAGCUGCACAUUGCCAUGGAGAGGACCUCAUUGAGGUCUAGAAACCUGGCGAGCAUUUGGUGCCGGUUAGGGAUCCCUUCACCUUGGAGAUUCCUCCUUCUUUUCCUAAAGGUCACAUUCUUAGAAUGCAUCUACACUGUAGAAUUAAUGCAGUUUGAUACCUCUUCAGCUGUGAUAGGACAGUGCUAAAGACCUUGUAGCUCUACAAGCCUUCUUAGCAAAGUGUGGAUGCCCCAACAAACUAUAAAUCCCAGGAUUCUAUAUUAUUCAGCCAUGGCGGUUUAAGGUAGUGCUAAACUGCAUUAAUUCUAUAGUGUAGAUGCACCAUAUCAGAAUAAUUUCUUUUCCCUUUUGCAAGUAAUAAAUGGCAGCUAGAACAAUUGCGUUGCAACAGCAACAAUGCAAUUGUAAUUAUAUGACGGGAGGCAGUGCAAGCAAGCAAAAAUUGCAUUGCUUUUAAUGUGUUUUAUUUCCUUUUUGUACUGAUGCCAAUCCCGAUGCGUUUUGAUAAUCAUGAGCCAUACACCGAGGACACAAACAGCAGGAGUUGAACCAAUGAUGGCAUGGAGAAAUGCCAUUAUUUUAAACGAAAACAACAAAAAUAUGAGCCCUACUAUUUUCACUGUUGGUUUACUUUUAGGGUACUUUGCAAAACAUUAGUUUGGGGAGAGCUUCAAAAGGACUUUUAUGUACAUUAUUGGUGCUUUUGGAUAAAAUAACGUGUUGACUUUCCGCUCUCAUUUUUUUUUUGUAAUUUUAUGCAUAAUAUACAUAGUAUGUCGGAAUUUAUUUUUCUAGCCCAGACUUCUGGUUAGAUGCUAAACUGGGGGAAAAAGUCUGUCACCAGAUUUGGUUGGAAUAGGAAUGUUUUACAUUAUGAAUAUGGAAUUUCAGGACAUAGGCAUUGUGUUCAGAUCGGUCCCUGAAAAUCUGGAUUUUUCUGAAAAUUCUGAAAAAUCUCAAUAUUGUUGCAAAAGGAAGGCAAAAGAUUAAAAUUUUGACCUAAUGAAAGGCAGGGAAAAUAUUACUGUCUUGUCCCAUGAAGUCCCCAAAAUCCAUAGUUGCCAGUGUGGAUUUUUGUUACCAAAUUUAUAUGGUUUCUUUGGGUGCAUCUACAAAAGGCAUGGGCUUAUCUGGUUUGGGAAAUAGCUGGAGGGAUCCUGGCUGUGAUAUUACUAUUUUCCUCAGUCUAGACCAGGCAUGGGCAAACUUUGGCCUUCCGGAUGUUUUGGACUUCAACUCCCACAAUUCCUGACAGCCUACCAGCUGUUAGGAAUUGUGGGAGUUGAAGUCCAAAACAUCCGGAAGGCCAAAGUUUGCCCAUGCCUGAUCUAUACUGUCAUAUUAAUGCAGUUCGAUACCUCAUCAACUUCCAUGGCUCAACACUAUUUAAUCCUUGGAAGUUGUAGUUUGGUGAGGCACCAGUACUAUGCGGUAUAGAAGACUGGAAUUUUUUUAAAACUACAACUCCCUUCAGUCCAUUAGAACUGAGCCAUGGCGGUUAAAGUGGUAUUAAACUGCAUUAAUUCUACAGUGUGGAUCCAGUCUUGCAGAAAAGCUCUUUGGCUUUGAAACUUCUCUGAAAUAUUGCAAAUCAGAGCAAAGGCUUUUGGCUAAAGGGAUUUUUCCAUUUUUCCUUUCUUUUGGAACCUAACCAAUGGGAUUUUAAGAGGAAUUGUCCCAGAAAAUAGCCUUUUCCCACUGGGGUGUCAAAUGUGUAUUGAUUUUACGCCCCAAAUAUUCAAUAUUUGUGGCCAGCAUAGGAGCCAAAUGGCAAAAAGACAUUCAGGUUGGUUAUAUUUUGCUUGUCCAAAAAUAGAGCACUUAAAUGUCCAAUAGUUAAAACAGGAGAGCUGAUCUUACAUAGGAAUAUAUUUGCUGUCAGUAUUUUUGUUCUUUUAUUGGAGUUAGGGCCCCACUUCUCGUUGUUUUUUCAUGUACACUUUUUAUAAAGGAAAGGAAGGAAUGGCAGCGUUUUCCUUCGGUUUCCAAAUCCCUGAUGUUGCAAAAGAGUCUACACUUUGGAAUUAGCACAGUUUGGCUCCACUUUAACUGCCUCGGAUUAAUUGCAAUGGAUUCCUUCUCUUGCAAGCCUUCUCUUUCGAAGAGGAUUGGUGCCUCGCUGAGCUCCCAUUGAAUUGAGUCAUUUAAAGGGGUAUAAAACUGUGUUAAUUCUGCAGUGCGGACGCACCCUUGGUAUCCUAUGUGUAUACUGUACCAACCUUUUUUUAAUAAGCACUAAUUUGGUGGAGGAGGAGCAGUUUUUUAUUUCAUUUGAUGCACUGUGAACCCUUGAACCCAAAAUGAAUGCAUACCAGUUUAAUGCAUUCAUAUAAUGCACUAAUUUGAUACCAGUUUAAUUGCCAUGGCUCAGUGAUAUGGGAUCCUGGGAAUUGUAGUUUGGCGAGGUACCAGCACUAUUUCUCAGAGAAGGCUAAAGGUAUUCUAAACCUACAGCUCCCAGGAUUCCAUAGCAUUGAGUCAUGGCAGUUAAAGUGGUAUCAAACUGCGUUAAUCCUGCAGUGUGGAUGCACCCAUAAGGCACACUGAAAGCUCAAGGCGCUAGUCCACAUUUAAGUGAUGAGUUCCAGCUCUUUCUUGCAAUACAAUGCCUCGAAAACAUGAUGUAGAUUAGAAGAAAUCGGAUAGGGCUCAAAUCUGGAACUGGAAAGGAAAUGUUAUCAUCAAACCAGAUUUGGGGUUGGAAAUAAUAUCAUCCUGGUGAAUUACUGUCUAAUUGGAGCUUUCCUUUCAUUUCUUUUCCUUUUUGAUUGUCUUCCAAGUAUUAUUUUUUAUUGUAAACAAACAAAAAAAAGAAACAAUGUGAAAUGUAAUUUUUACAACAGCAAUAUGAAAUAUAUUUUAUAAUAAAAUGAUAUGGCUUGAUA